AACAGUGGAACCUAGUGGGUGACUCUGCCUGGAUGGUUCAUAUUGCCAAAUUCUCCCUAUUGGUGGGCUCCAUCUUUGGAUACUUGGUGUUGGGAGUUUUGGCAGAUAGGUUUGGAAGGCACCCGGUCCUGAUCCUGUCCGUCAUCUUUAUGUUAGUUUUCGGCAUUAUGGUGGCCUUCUCCGUCAACGUCCCAAUGUUCAGCACCCUGCGCUUCUUUGAGGGCUUUUGCUUAGCUGGAAUCACACUCUCGCUCUAUGCACUGAGGAUAGAGCUGUGUCUGCCGGGAUGGCGUUUCUCCAUGACCAUGGUGGCAAACUUCAUGGUGUUGGCGGGGCAGCUGCUCAUGCCAGGACUGGCAGUCCUCUGUCGCGACUGGCAGAUUCUGCAAGUAGUCGUAAUCUGCCCUCUCUUACUCAUGCUGUCCUAUAUCUGGAUUUUUCCGGAGUCUCUGCGCUGGCUGCUUGCGACGCAGCAGUACAGUCGCUCCAAAUGGAUCAUGGAGCGCGUCGCGAAAAAGAACAACAUCAAUCUAGAGGAGGACGCAGAGGAGCUCAUGAGAGAGCUGAACCAAGCCCUGCCAAAGCAACCCAAGAAGACAUGCAUUGUGAAGAUGGUUGGCACAAGGAACCUGUGGAAGAAUUUAGUAGUGCUCUGCGUCAACUCACUGACGGGUUACGGCAUACACCACUGCUUUGCACGCAGCCUGAUGGAGAAGGAAGACCAGCCCAUGUUCUCUAAUUUCUAUGCCAAAUACUACUCCAUGGGGGGCAUUGCUGUGGCAUCAUGCGUGGCGCUUUGCCCUGCCGUGGGCAUGAUGGGCCGGCGUGGGGGACUCCUCAUGUUUAUGAUCAUCACAGCCCUGGCGUCUCUCCUUCAGCUCGGCCUGCUAAACUGUGAGAGAACACACAAAUCACAAACACACACCGCUAGCACUGGACCCUCUGUGGGGCGUUUCAUUUUAGGAGGAUUCUUUCAUCCUUCUGUUUCACAUAUCUGCUGUAGUUGUUUAAAUUAUCCUGACCCCACGGGAUGUUUCAAUAGGGCAGCUGUGGUCUGUCUCCCUGCUUGCAAUGAUUGUCCUUUCUACGGAGUCCUGCAUAACCAGAAAGGCUAUUUUCUGCAUCACAUCAUUUUCGCCUGCUGCACACUUAUCUGCAUCAUUUGUAUCUUGCUGCUGCCAGAGACUCGCAAUCAACCGCUACCAGAAACGUUAGCGGACGGUGAAAGUUACACCCGCCAACCGUUACUGCCACCUCGCAAACCGGGCGAGCAACGGCUUCUGCUGACCAAGUCCGAGAGCCGCGAGUAUCCAAGGGUUGGCGACACGCCUCUCCACGAAGCAGCUGUCACUGCUGUUUCCACUAUGGACUCUACUGCCUCAUCCGCCAUCGAUCUUCAGAUGCUCAUUGAUGCCCCCGGCCAGGCAGAGCUAUUCAUUAUGAAGACAUUGACUUCUGCCCAAGAGCAAUAUGAAAUCAAGCAAUCUGCAUCCAUGCCGGAAACCUUUGCCUCAUCCGUAGAGGAUCCUCUCCUUGCCUCUAUCCCAAACACUUCUACCCCAAUCGCUAUUAAUUAUAUUCAGACACCUAAAACAGAAUCUCCGGCCCUUCUGCCUUCUUCAACUGUGGAAACUCCUUCGAUCACUGAUCCUACCCUCGAGUCCUCUACUUCUUCCGAUCUCCAAACUCCUUCGCUUUUAGAUAUAGUUACACCAGCUGAAUUCCCCUUGCCGGUUGCUAACGAUAUCAACAUCCUAACUGAAGUGGGUUCUACAGGUCCUGUCCCAACCUUUCCUCUCUGCACAAUCAACUUGUCUGAUCCAUCCACCGGACAAUCACCCACUCCGCCUUUAAAUGACAUUCCUCCCUCUUCCUCAAUAGACUCUCCUGUUCACCUAGUCACCUGUUCCCCAACAGAACUGUCUUUACCACCAAUACCGGACCAGUCUGGUCAAGUUAAUGCCAUCCCAGUUCAAUCCUUUUCUUCACCCAUAGAUCCCGGCGCUCCAUUGUUACAUUUAGUCGCCCAACCUGCGAUUAACUCCAUAGAAUCUGGCCCUCCUUCACCAGCCGUAUUGGAGCCAACCUUAAGUAAUGGUACUACUCUUCUUGCUACUGUGAGUUCGACUGCACCUCAUGCCACAACCACUGACUCUGUUACAGAAUCCAGCCACCCGCUUAUGACGAACUUGACUGUUUCCUCGCCUAUUGACUCAGGUACACCUACAGACAUUGACUUGCCCAUCACAGAAACCAAUACUGCCAAUGGGGAGACGUCUUCAUGACGGACACAUUCGCGCCACGUGACUUGGUAGGCUGCCUCAUUAUCAAGAAGCAAUUUUUGUCAUGGGAGCUCAUGCCAGUCAUUGCUAGAAGUAUUUUUAUUUUCCAGCAGCCAUGACCCGAGAAUGGCAAUGCAAGGAGAAGGUAUAAAAGGAUUUGACUGAAAGGGAACAACUACAACGGUCGAUGCUCAAAGGGUUUUUACUCUCCUUACUUUAACAGCCUUCUUAGGGGUCGUUCACACAGAACACGUUUUCCCUUCCAAUGUGCUAUUUUCCAUAGUUUUUCUGUGUAAACGUGCUAGACGGACGUGUAUGACCGUUGCUCUCGUGUUUUGUGCAGCAUCUCGCACAUGAGCACCAUGUAGGGCUGUCAAAAAAAUUUUGAAUUUCGAAUAUUCGUCGAAUUUAAAAUAAAA